GAGGAGACUCCAGUGACGGCCUUUUACGCGCGCCGGAAGUUGGCUGUAACAGUGACGGGGUGGAUUCUUCCUUCUGGCGGGCUGCGCUUGGUGCCAGGCAAGAAGGCGCUUGACUGUUGUGAUUAGAAGGGAGUAAUAAUGGACAACCAGGAGGACGUUCAACCCCCGAAGCAGCAGUCAUUGAUAUAUAUCUGUGGAGAAUGUCACACAGAAAAUGAAAUAAAAUCCAGGGAUCCAAUCAGAUGCAGAGAAUGUGGAUACAGGAUAAUGUACAAGAAAAGAACAAAAAGAUUGGUCGUUUUUGAUGCUCGCUGAAAUGAAGAAAUCAGAGGAAUAUCUUCAUUUGUAUUUGUAAUUGCUGUUCAUGUUUCUGAUUAUUGUAUAGUUUUUGAUUAGUAUACCUACUUUGAUGAAUACAUCAUUUGCAUACAUGAUUUUGUGUUAUCUCUCAUUAAAAUCAUAUUGUAUUUAAAUACCUAUUAAUACUUUUCAAAAAAUUUUUAUU